GUGGAAGGGAUAAUGUAAUGUACGGCCCGAUCCCAUGAAACCUGAUCUUCGUCAUCUGACGACGAUGCAGUCUCCAGAUAGAUCUGCUCCAACCGAACAAAAGCGCCGUGCUUCCAUUUCUCAGCGGUGACGUGGGUGAACCGAAACGGUACGCGCGUGCUACUGUCCAGUUCGGCUCCUUCGAAGAGCCUUACCUACAGGAGUAUAUGAUAGGGCCCUUACCCGCCACGAACGCAACCGCAGUGCAACCGCUCAGCUUUCCUUUCAACAAUAAUCCCCCAGGAAAGAGCAGAAUAGCUUCCAUUCUGACCUUGGAUCCUAGCCCCUUCCUUCUGCAGCUUAGUUCUGAUAUAGAGGAUAUCACUAGGGAGCUAUGGAACACAACUAUAGCGGAAGGCGGCGUUCUUCCACGAACUGGAACGGUUUCCUUCGAGGACGAUGGGACCCAAUCUGUAUGGGCUACACUGCUGGGACCACCAACCUCCGGAUUUGACAGCCUCAGCAUUCUACCGCUGGGCGUGUUCGUCCGCCUUGAUGUAACAAGCCGCGACUGGAAGGAAUGGCAUAUCGCUGGGUGGUUUUACCACAUGAAGAUGUAUGAUAGCACCGACGCCUUCAGAGAUGCCAUCUUCUCCCCCGGAUUCGAAAAGCCUCCACCCAAUGUGGACGGAACUUGGACUUCUACUGACAAGCGAGGUCAUCCUCUACCCAUGGAUGAGCUGCCUCCACCAAUCCCUGCUUCCGAGGGUAAGAAGCGGUUUACCAUCGACGAGAAGGAGGGCUUCGCGUCUUGGAUGGAUUUCACCUUCUUCAUGGUAUCCUCCACUGACCAAGGCCUUGCGCUCUUCGACAUAAAGUAUAAAGGGGAAAGGGUCAUCUACGAGCUAGCACUGCAGGAAGCUCUCGCGCAUUAUGCAGGGGCCGAUCCCGUCCAAUCUGAAACGGUGUAUUUCGACAGUCAAGGAGGGCUGGGCAGGACAAUGGUACCUCUCACCAAAGGAUUCGAUUGCCCUUCCUAUGCGACAUAUCUGAAUGCUACCUGGACCAGUACUGCCGGCGUUACGACUGUACCAAAUGCCAUCUGUCUCUUCGAAUUUGACAAUGGCUAUCCGAUUCGCAGACAUUCCGCUCCGACCUACACUAGCGUCGCGAAGAACAUCAUGUUCACCGUACGUACAAUCUCGACCGUGGGGAACUACGACUACCUAUUCGAUUAUAACUUCUUCCUUGAUGGUGCCAUCGAGGUAACAGCUCGAGCAUCGGGAUACAUUUCGGCUGCCUACUAUCUCGACAACGAAGAGUAUGGGUUCCGAAUCCACGACUAUCUCUCCGGAUCGCUGCACGAUCAUGUCAUGACGUUCAAGGUGGACUUUGAUAUCUUGGGAGAGAAGAAUAGUUUUCAAAAGGUUGAGAUCGUGCCCGCUACCGUCGAUUACCCUUGGUCUCAGGGGCCCCGCAACACCAUGAAGCUCAUGAAGAGCUUCGUGACCAGCGAGGCAGACUCCAGCAUCAACUGGGUGCCGAACGAUGCAGCCAUGUACGCUAUCGUGAACAAGGACACUCCAAACAAAUAUGGAGAGUAUCCCGGCUACAGAGUGAAAAGAACUGUGGGGGCAACGCAUCUAACCGUCCAGAACUCUUCAGAUGCGCGCAACGCGAUCUACUACGCAACCAGCGACCUAUUCAUCACGAAGCAAAAAGACACGGAGCCUCGAUGCGCGGACCGGAACAAUCCAUACGAUGUCCAAGACCCGCUUGUCAAUUUCGAGAAGUUUCUGGACGGUGAGAGCCUGGAUCAAGAAGACCUGGUCCUUUGGUUUAAUCUCGGCAUGCAUCACGUUCCGCACACUGGCGAUCUUCCCAACACGCUCAUGUCGUCCGCCCAUUCAGGCAUGCGGCUCGAGCCUUUAAACUACUUGCUGGAUGAUCCGACGGUGCAGACUAGUCAGGCGGUUAAGAUCAAUCAGACAAGCGAGGAGGUGGUGACGUUUGGAGCGCAGGAGGCGAACUGUUCGGUUGACUUGAGUGCCUUGAAUGGCGUCGCCUUGUAGGAUCCAUUCGUUCGGCGGGGCUAAUAAUAGAUCGCAGGUCAUGGAGAGCUUGAGCCGGUUAUGCA